GUGAGGCUGCGAGUAACGACAAGCAGGGUACAAAACUUAUAACCUUUGUGGUGCCGAGGGACAGACCGCGCGUCAGGAAUUUACCAUGCGAUGGGAGUAUAUAGUCGAAUAGAAAGAAGAGCGAAGAGGAAGACGUUCAGAUCGAGAAGACUGUAGGGCACUCCCGCAAUAUCUACAAUCGAGUCAAGUGUGCGUGCGGAUGUAUGGAUAUAUCUGUUCCCAAGGAGGGAUAUUAUUGUCUUGCUGAAUCGACGUAGUCUGGUCUUAGGACUGUGGCAGCCGCGCGCCUCGAAUGCUUCAAGCUGGAAGCCGAGCAGUGAGGUGCAGAAACGUGGUUUCUCUUGGAUCGGAGGCGGCUUUUUGACGAAGAGGGUUUCUGCAGAGAAUGCGUCACUGAAGCAAGGAGAGGUGCCCGCAGUCCUGCUCCGCGUGUCAUUUCCACAAGCACUGUCACGGGUCGCCGGCGGUCCAUCGGGUGGGAGUUGGGAGGGAGAGCGUGGCGACGAUGGAGCGUCACGAGGGCUCUGAGGACGGGAGCAAGGCGAGCAAGAGCGACAGCGAUGAGGACAAGGCCCUCUCCCACGCCUGCACCAUCUGCGGCAAGAGCUUCCCCUUCCAGAGCUCCCUGUCGCAACACAUGAGGAAGCACACGGGGGCAAGGCCUUACAAGUGCCCCUACUGCGACCACAGGGCCUCCCAGAAGGGCAACCUGAAGGUCCACAUCCGCAGCCACAAGAUCGGCACCCUGAGCCAAGGGCACGAGGAGGAGGCGGGGCUUGCAGAGCUGGGGGAGGGGCAGGUGGGGGAGGGCUCGGACGGUUGCUCCAGCCCCACCAAGAGCGCCUCGGCCUGCAACGGGACGGUGAACGGGGACGCCAGGGAGGACAGGGCCAAAACCCUGAUGAGGAGCGUCAAGAGGGACAAGACGGGCGCGCCGUCCCUCCAGUGCGUCUUCUGCAGGAGGAUUCUGGGAAGCCAGGCUGAGCUGGAGCAGCAUGCGCAGUUCUGCCACAGGCCCUACCGCUGCCGCCUGUGUGGCUAUGAGGCCCAGAGGGAGGAUCAGCUCCUGAGCCACGUGGAGAAGGCACACAUCACCGUGGAUGCGGCAGCGCGUGAGGAGCCGGACGGCGAGCCCGGCCGGGCAGAGGAGGGCGAGGGCGACUUCCCCUGCGACAUGUGCGGCCAGGCCUUCACCCAGGCCUGGUUCCUGAAGGCGCACAUGAAAAAGCACCUGGGCACCUUCGACCACGGCUGCCGCGUGUGCGGCCGGCGCUUCCGCGAGGCCUGGUUCCUCAAGAACCACAUGAAGUCGCACGGCUCCAGGGCAGGCGGCAGGAGCAAGCCGAGGGGCGACCCCGAGUGCGCCGCCACCAUCAACGACGUGGUGCAGGACGAGGCGGCCGCCGCCAGCGUCCCCUGCCUCUACCAGCUUUGCACCAAGUGCGGGAACCUUUUCCACACCAGGGAGAGCCUGCGGGCCCACGAUAAGGUCCACAGCCACGGCCAUGGCACGGCUCCCAGCGGGGAGCACCGCGGAAAACAGAGUGACGGCGCGGACUCGCCCGCUGCAAAGAGGCGGCUCCUGGAGUACCUGAGCCUCAAACCGGUCGGGCUGAAAGACGCGCCCACGGAGGGGAGGCUGGGGAAGCGCAUCCCGGAGCUGGACCCGGUCUGCAGCUACCAGGCCUGGCAGUUGGCCACACGGGGCAAGGUGGCCGAGGUGACAGAGAACGGCAGGUACCUCGGCUGGGACGAGGUGCUGGCGGACGCGGACGUGGCGUACGACCGGGAGAAGGGCGAGUACGUCCUGCUGGGGCAGGAGAAGCGCAGGCGGGACCCAGACUGCCACACCGGGGCCGGCGGCGGGAAGAGGAAGAGCAGUGGCGGGAACCACGCCGCCCAGGGCGGGAGCGGCCAGCCCUCGCACCAGCGAGCCAAUGAGAGGCACGGCCACGCCUCCCCCGGCGACCUCAGCCCCGAGAGCCUGAGCGACUCGGAGUACAGGCCCCCGUCCCGCCAGGGCCGCCGCGCCUCCCGCAGCAAGAGCAGCGAGUGCUUCGAGUGCGGGAAGGUGUUCCGCUCCCACCAGCAGAUGGCGCUGCACCUGCGCGUGCACCGCAAGGAGGUGCGCAGCGGCAGCGAGAGCGGGAGCAGGGCGCGCUGGGGAUCCGCCAGCGAGGCUGAGUCGGGAUCCGCCAGCCGCCCCAGCACCCCAGGGUCAGGGGGCUCACCGCCCUCCUCCGCCACAAGAGAGGACAUCACCGGGAAUGGGAUGGGGGACAGAGGCCAGCUCAUGGUCAAAGAUGAAAAGCCAUACGUCUGCAGCCUCUGUGACUUUGCGGCCUCAGACCUCGCCUUCUUCACGUCGCACGUGCAAGAGCAGCACGGGGGCGUGGGGAACUCCUCCACCGCCGGCCUGUGCAAGCGAGCGCUGAAUUCAACCGGAGGCAGCGCAGAGAGGGGAGGCCUCAGCGGUUACCCCAAACUGAGGAAGGUCCUGCUGCAGCCCCCUUUCCGCCGCUCUGACCCCUAUACCCGCCCCGACGAGGCCGCCUCAACCAGCCAGAGCCUUUCGCACAGCAGAAGCGGAGCGGGGACGCCACGCAAGGAUGCCAGCCAAUCACAAGAGGAGCACUAUUCGGAUGGGGCCUGUUCGCCGCCACUGAAUCUGACUGUCCAAUCGGACGAGCCGAGGGGCGGGGCCUCCCCGGCUCCAUCGGACGGCCUGGUCAGACAUCGGUGCUCCUAUUGCUCCUACAUCACCUGCUACCCCGAGGUGCUGUGGAUGCACCAGACAGUGUCCCACAAGAUCAACAGCAGCGCCCUGGUGCCCAAGUGGGCGAUCAGGAACAGCCUCAAGGUCCCUAAGGAGGGGCUGGCAUUCCAGAGGCGCACGGGACCCCCGCCUGUGCUGGGGGGGAAGGACUGCCCGCCUCUCCCCGCUCCCCGGACGGCCCGCACACGCCCUCCGGCUCCUAGCAUGUCGAGGAGGGACAAGUCCAGCACAGCGAGCACCAGCCAGCCCAGCACCUCCCAGGGAAGGGCCCUGCACUCAUCAGCAAGAGCGCCCCCUGCUGCCGCGGGGCCGCUUGGCGCCAAAAACCCCAAAGCCACCAAACACAAAACGGAAGAGGCCCCGCAGAGCCGCCCCAGGGUGGAGAUUUAUCCCAAGGUGUCGUCAGCCGGGGCCUUUGAGAAGAACGCCGGGGCCUCACAGCGCUCCACCCCAAGCCCCAAAACAGGCAGCCGGCUGGCUGAGAGGUACCUGCUGCCCCAGGAGGGGCUGGGCUUCAUGCUGUCCAGCAAGCACGGCCUAUCGGAGAACAGCAGGAGCAGGGCGUCCCCUCUUCCCCAGCUUCCUCCUCAUCUCUCCCUGGGCAGGACUAAGCCACACGCACCCCAGGCGUCCCCGACCUUGCGGCAGCUUGCUCCCGACCCGUGGGCUGUGGAGAGUGUCAGUGGGAGUGGUUUUGGCUCCUCCCAGUCACACGGGGGCGCUGUCUCCAGCUCCCGCUCCCUGUACGGCGAGAUCAAGCAGGAGGCGACAGUCGAGACGCCCGACACCCCCGCGGACAUCCUCAGCUUCCUGAAGAACUGCAACUCGCAUGACCUCGCCACCCUCUACCACCGCUGGGGCUCAGCCAACCCCCUGCUGGAUCAGACAGGGGCGCUGAGGUCACUGGUGCGCCAGGGAGACUACAUCUGUCGGGAGUGCGGGAAGAGCUUCAGUCAGCCCAGCCACCUCCGCACGCACAUGAGGUCCCACACAGGCGAGAGACCGUUCCAGUGCCGGCACUGCCCAUACAGCGCCUCUCAGAAAGGCAACCUAAAGACCCACGUCAUGUGCGUGCACGGCGUCCCCUUCGACAACGCCCAGUAUCCCGAUGGGAGGUCCCACCAGCCUGGGGCCGGUGCCCUCAGCCAGCUGCACGAGGACCGCCCAGCUGACCUGCUCCAAGACCACUCCCCGUCCGAAAACACCGUCCUGGACAACGAAUCGGCCGUUUUGACUGUAAAUAACAGACAAAUAAGAAACCCUGCAAAGUGAUUGUGGCCCAGCGGUGAAGGAAAACUCAUUUUCCGUAUGCCUUUGGGUUGAACGGAGUGUAAAUGUAAGCUUGUCAGAAUGUACAUUUGGCAGCAGGCCUUUUUCAAGAUUUGAAAAAGAAUGACACUGUGAAAUGGAUCACUGGUUUUAGAUCAAGUGACCCAAGUUUGGGCUAUGUCUCGGCUACCACCACUCCCCCCAGCUUUUUGCAAAAAGUCUGCAAACCAAACACCUCUGAAAGCACUCCAAAAAUCCUUCACCAUCCACUGAGAGUCAGGAGACAUGUUUACAUGGACCGCUAUGAAGCUUUAACCACCACAUACUAAUUCGCCAUGAAUCUUACCAAACUUGAAAGCCAUCAGUCCACUUCACAUGUGGCACGUAGCUUCACUUCGUUUUGCCUUCAUUUUGCAGUGUUUUAAAGCCCUGAAUUACUGUAAUGGCAUUUCCUUGGAAUUUAAAACAUGCGCUCACUAAAGCACAGGCUUGAAUGGACAGGGAGGGAGGGAAAGGCAACUGAACUCUGAUUUAGGUCAAAUGGCGGUCAUUCAAUGACAGUGCGGUUACCUUUAUUGCUGUGAUGAAAAUGAUUUUCAGACAUUCAUGGGCUAGAACUCCCAAUCAGGAAAUAGGCAGUUGAAUGGUGAGCAUUGAUCUAUUUAAGGGUAUUGGUGUGGACUUUCUCAAAAUUUCAUUUUCUCAGGACUUGGACCACCAUUGUUGGUUUAUUUUGUUUGCUUAUUUCCCUCUGUUCUUCCCCAUGCUCCUUAAUAUUAGCUUGAUGCAUUU